GUCGUGCAGCCCGCUGGUCCCAGUGACGAGGAGCUUGCGAAAGCCGCCGAGAUGAAGAAGGCCAAGGAGAAGGCCUCGGUGGAGUUGAAAGACGCCUCGACUGCCGGAGACGUGAAGAGGUUGGAGGCGGCGCUGGAGAAGGCUCGCAGCGUCGAGGUCUCCGGAGCGGAGAUUGAAGCUGCAAGCAAGGUGCUUGCUGCAGAGCAGCGCAAGCAGGAGGGUCGGAAGAAGCUUCAGGCUGCCAAGGAGUCCGGCAACGUCGACGUGCUCAAGGCAGCCUUGGAAGAUGCCAAAGCCGCGGGGCUGAGCGCCACGGAGCUGAAAGCCGUGGAGGACUUGAUUGCUGCUGCCGAAUCCAAGGAAAAGGUUGAGGAUUCGAUGGGUUUCAAUUUACGGGCUUUCGUGAGCGCCUUGGGUAUGGAUGAGUUCGUGGAUUAA